AUGGCUCCGGUGUCUGGUUCGCGCAGCCCGGAGAGGGAGGCCGCGGUCUCCAGGGUGAAGCGCCGCAGUUCGUCGAGGAGCCCUAAGCCCAGCAAAUCCGCCCGCUCCCCGCGGGGCCGCCGCUCUCGCUCGCAUUCUUGCUCUCGUUCUGGGGAUCGGAAUGGCCUCAGCCAUCAGUCAAGUGGCCUCAGCCAAGGCUCCCGAAACCAGCCCUACCGCUCCCGCUCGCGGUCACGCUCUCGAGAGCGGCCCUCUGCGACACGGGGGACCCCCUUCGCUUCUGGCUCCUCGUCCGCCUAUUAUGGCGGCUACUCACGCCCCUACGGGAGCGACAAGCCUUGGCCUAGCCUCCUGGACAAGGAGAGGGAGGAAAGCCUGCGCCAGAAGAGAUUAAGUGAGAGAGAGAGGAUUGGAGAAUUGGGAGCUCCUGAAGUAUGGGGACUUUCUCCAAAGAAUCCAGAACCAGACUCUGAUGAACAUACACCAGUAGAGGAUGAAGAGCCAAAGAAAAGCACCACUUCAGCUUCUACUUCAGAAGAAGAAAAGAAGAAAAAGAAGAAGUCUAGCCAUUCAAAAGAAAGGUCCAAGAAACGGAGAAAGAAAAAAUCAUCUAAAAGAAAGCACAGAAAGUAUUCUGACGAUAGCGACAGUGACUCUGAUUCUGAAACAGACUCCAGUGAUGAAGACACAAAAAGGAGAUCAAAGAAAGCCAAGAAAAAGGAAAAGAAGAAGAAACGCAGAUCGAAGAAAUAUAAGAAAAAGAAGUCUAAGAAGAGCAGAAAAGAUUCCAGUGACUCAAGCUCUAAAGAUUCCCAAGAAGAGUUUCUGGAGAAUCCCUGGAAGGAUCGAUCAAAGCCUGAAGAACCCUCAGAUUUAAUUGGCCCAGAGGCUCCAAAAACACUUGCCUCUCAAGAUGAUAAACCUCUGAACUAUGGCCAUGCUCUGUUACCUGGGGAAGGUGCAGCUAUGGCUGAAUAUGUAAAAGCUGGAAAGCGUAUCCCACGAAGAGGUGAAAUUGGUUUGACAAGUGAAGAAAUUGCAUCAUUUGAAUGCUCGGGUUAUGUAAUGAGUGGUAGCAGGCAUCGCCGAAUGGAGGCUGUGCGACUACGGAAAGAGAACCAGAUCUACAGUGCUGAUGAGAAGAGAGCUCUUGCAUCUUUUAACCAAGAAGAGAGACGAAAGAGAGAAAACAAGAUUCUGGCCAGUUUUCGAGAGAUGGUAUACAGAAAAACUAAAGGGAAAGAUGACAAAUAA